AUGGAGUCAUUUGUAAAAAGCACAGGAUAUAAGAGAAUAGAACAUCUAUCUACAGGAAUAUCCGGGUUUGACACAGUACUAGGAGAGUGCUUUACAAGAGGAACAUCCAUUCUCUUGCUUGAGGAUGAAAAUUCUCAGAUUCAUUCGACAAUACUGAAGGUUUUUCUUUCAGAAGGAGCUUCCAACCAAGAGAACAUGAUGGCAGUUAUGAAGGAAGGCCGGAAUGUGGAGAUAUACGGUACUGGAUCAUUUACCGAGAAGGAGGAUGAAGACAAAAUGGUAAUUGCAUGGAGAUACACCAAGCUAUCUCUAGCAAGACCUUUGUUCAAGUUCAACCUCUCGAAAAAAAGGAGAUUCGAAGGAAUCUUGCUUUCUGGAGAGGAUGCAACGUUGAAAAGCAUUCUGGACAUAGCAAGAAAGGAAAAGGAAUUGAGGAUAGCCAUAUUCUCGUUGGGAUCUCCUGUUUGGAAACUUUCUGGACUGGGUGAAGAGGAGAUGGCAAAGUUUCUCUUUGAGCUCAAGAGAGCUGUAAGGGCUAAUGGCCAUGUAUGCAUGGUUUCGAUUCCUGGGUUCUUCAUGGCAAACACAAGCUUAAGCCUGUAUUUUGAUACGGUUGGGAUGUUUGACUCGAACAUGUUCAGCUGCUUCUGUCCAAACUACAAUGGGGUUCUGGAGCUUAGGAAGAUAGGAGGGUACGGAAGUCUCCGAGUCAACACUCUUGGAAGCUUGAAGUACGGAGUGAAGAUUAGGAAGGAAAACAUCUCUAUGGAGAAGAUAGACAUGCCACCUGAGGACAUCAAGGCAGAUAGCAGAGCCUGUGACAUGGACAAAUCUUUUUAA